GACGCUUUGCCACGCCUCUCUCUGCUCUCGCCUCUCUGCCCCACUCACAGCAUCUCAACGACAGCACCAGCCUGGGGGAGAGCAUGGGCAUGAGCAUGGGCACGGGCAUGGGCAUGGGCAUGGGCAUGGGCAUGGGCAUGGGCAUGGGUACGGGCAUGAGUGGAGGGGGGAGUGUGAUUCAGCUGCCAGCGGGCAUGACGCUGGUGGAGGCGGGCCGUGUGGUGGAGGCGGUGCUGGCGGGCCGUGUGCCGCACAACCAGAGGGGCGCCGCCUGGGUCGCCAUCGCCACCGCCCACCCCGAUCACUCGCUCUUCAACGCCAUCAAGGCCUACUCCAUACCGCACCCAUGCCCUGCUCCCGCCCCGCCCUGCCCUGCCCUUCCCUGCUAUGUGCUCUCUAAUGUUCCCCUCUGCUCUGCUGCACCCUUCUGUUUUGCGGUGCCCUGCUCUGUGCCAUUCCUUCAUGUGCUGAUGAGCAUGGGGGAGGAGCACGCCUUCACGUGCCUCGUCUUCCUCAUGUACCGCUGCGGCAUCCGAGGGGCUUUCCUGCCCGACAUGCAGCAGGUGCCAUGCGGUGGGGCUUUAAGACAUGCAGCAGGUGCCAUGCGGUGGGGCUUUAAGACAUGCAGCAGGUGCGGUGGGGUGGGGCUUUAA